CCGAGAAAUGCGGCUUUUGGCAACGGGAAAACGUCGGCAGAAAUGAACCGCCGAGUACCCCUGGUCAGGUUGACAUCGCGUGUUCAAGGUGCCAUUUGCCGAUACUCCACGGACCUGACUUCCGAAGACCUCUACGAAACAGGAUCUCAAGUUGGUUGUGGAGGGCGCUUGGAACUGCCAAAGUCUAAAGAAUCCCGCACUCAUGGAGUCGAGAGAGACACUUAAGAAGACUAUGAGUCGCGGAAAGAAACCAAUGUUUUGUCAAAGGAUCUCCUCGAUUUACCUUUGCUCUCAUUUUUGGGCCCAUUUGCUACGUCUGUGGUCUCACGGUACUGGUGAAAGUCUUCAUGUUUCGCCUCUGACUUGUAGCCACUAUGUUCGGAAGAUCGAAAACCUCUGCCAAGAACCUAGGCAUCAGCCCAGAACUCGCCGCUGUUCUCCCAGAUGAUGGAAUCCCGUGGUACAAACAACGGCAUCUCAUAGGCCUUAACUUCUACUGCAUCUUCCUGGCCCUGCUCUGCGCAGCCAACGGCUACGAUGGCUCAAUGAUGAAUGGUCUCUUGGCUUUACCUCAAUGGCAGACAUUCAUGGACUCCCCCAAGGGAUCGUGGCUCGGGUUCAUCAACGCCGUCCAGUCACUUUCAACUAUGCUUGCGUACCCUUUGGUAGCAUAUUUCGCAAACCGCUGGGGCCGGAAGAAAGGACUCUUUAUCGGAUACGCUUUCCUGUGUAUUGGUUGUUUUCUCCAGGCGUUCUCGCCCAACAAGGCUGGAUUCAUCAUCGGUCGUGUCAUCAUCGGCCAGCCGAGCGCCUGGUGGGGUUGUCUUGCGCCUGUUCUUAUUACGGAGUUGGCAUACCCGACGCACCGGGGAAUCCUUACGGCGCUUUACAACACUGGUUGGUUCGUUGGAUCAAGCUUGGCGGCGUGGGCGACCUUCGGAACCCGAAAUUACGACAACAGUUGGUCUUGGCGCAUCCCGUCAUUGCUACAGAUCGCCAUCCCGCUACUCGUACUUCCCGCCGCUAUUCUCGUCCCAGAGUCGCCCCGUUUUCUUGUCUCCAAAGGUCAGGCUCAAAAGGCUCGCAGCAUACUGACCAAGUUUCAUGGCGGGGGGGACCAAAACUCUAUCCUUGUGGACUUCGAGAUGACCGAGAUCGAGCGAGCCAUCGAAGACGAUGAGAUGGCGGCUAAGAGCUCCUCAUGGCUGGAGAUGUUCAAUACACCUGGAAACAGACAUAGAGCCUUCAUCUCAAUGUCGCUGGGCUUACUUGGACAGUGGGCUGGGCAAAACAUCGUGUCGUAUUACCUCGGAGCGGUACUAGACACAAUUGGUAUCACCUCUGUCACGGAUCAAACGCUCAUCAACGGUUGUCUGCAAAUUUGGAACCUCAUUCUGGCCGUAUCAGCCGCUCUCUCGGUUGACCGACUAGGUCGUCGGCCGCUAUUCCUCGUCAGUUGUGGUGGAAUGUUCGUCAGUUUCGUCGUCAUUACUGGCCUGUCUGGUAGCUUUGAUGCUACUGGGGCACCAUCGGUCGGUGUGGCAGUGGUCCCGGUGUUGUUCAUAUUCUAUGGGUUCUACCACAUUGCCUUCACUCCUCUAAUGGUAUCCUACCCAGCUGAGAUCUGGCCAUACGAACUUCGUGCACGAGGAACAGCUCUGACGCAAAUGACCACAUACUUGGGAAUCUUCUUCAACGUCUUUGUCAAUCCGAUCGCACUCGAAGCCAUUGGAUGGAAGUAUUACAUAGUUUUUGUCGUGAUUCUCUUGAUCGGUUGGAUCACCAUUUAUUUCUUUUACCCAGAAACCCGCGGUCACACGUUGGAAGAAAUGGCGGUUAUCUUCGACGGUGAGUCGGCAAGGGUUACUGAUGUUGCAUAUGAAGGGGAUGUCAAGAACGGGACGGCAGCUCAACACGAAGAGAGUACUUAAAGCAAACGACUGAAGGGAGAGAUCCUCCCGCAGAAAACGUUGCCAGGGCAUUGUGAUUCCAUAUCACGCAGUUCGUGCGAAAAUAUACGGACAAGACCAUUCAAUAACUUUGAUCUUUAUCAAAUAAGAUAGAAAUAGUUGGUCUGCUGCUUACCUUUUUCUCAGUUGAGAUUACGGCGACUUGGCUUUCAAUCAGAACAAUGUAAAUCAUCCAAUUUCAGAGCCCAUCAAUGCUUGCCACGAACACGACUGAUCCAAUCAGUAACUUCUCUAC